AUGACCAAGGUGAAUGCACCUUGCCCGGGGCAAGGUAGGGCACAAAGGGAGCCGGCUGUACGUGCGCGUACCAAUCAAUGGGGCGCGUCGAAGCCGACGGCGCGGUGCCAGCCAGCUUCCUCCGGCAGAGAGCCUUCCUCAUUGUCCGUGCAUUCUAUCGGAUUGGCUUCCGGUGUGCACAACGGGGACGAACAGCUCGCCACGUCCUUUAUGCACCGACUAGCCACGCACUAGGAAUGCACGAUCGUCACGUCCAAUGUCCGUGCGGUGCAUUAUGAUCUACGUGGCAAGCACUCGGAAAAACCGUUGCAUUGGCAAGAUAAAGACUAUCUCGGCGAUCGGGCAUUAUUCAGGACGACAACGGAGCCCGCAACUUUGAGCGUUAACCACAUACAGGAACAAGACGAAGGUGAAUUCAGAUGCCGAGUGGAUUUUACCACAAAUCCAACUAGAAACUCCAGAAUUCAAUUGACCGUGAUAGUACCGCCACAGAAACCGAACAUUAUCGACGAACGCGGUAAAACCGUCCCAGCGGUGGCAGGCCCUUACGAAGAAGGUGGUGACAUGAGACUGCAGUGCCUCGUCUCUGGAGGUCGCCCCGAGCCUAAAGUGAGAUGGUGGCGCGGAGAAACGCUUUUAGAUUCUAAAGAUGAACCAGGCGAAUUUCCUGCUCUUCGUAGAAAUACCUUAGUAGUUAGAGAAUUGUCAAGAGCAGAUCUUCAUGCGGUGUUCGAUUGUCAAGCAUCCAACAAUAAUAUCAGUCAACCCGUAUCCACAUCGGUAGCGAUUGAAAUGCAUCUGAAGCCACUGAGUGUGACGAUACUCAGCAGCGAGCACGCGCCCCUCAGCGCCAAUCGGAAGUACGACAUUAAUUGCAUGACAGUGGGCUCAAGACCACCGGCCAAGCUGUCCUGGUACAUGGACGGCAGAAAGCUCACCAAUCACACGGACAAGGUGUCGCAGGAUGGUAACAUGACGAGCUCCAUCCUGACGUUUCAGCCUACUCUAUUACAUCAUGAUAAAGUUAUCACAUGUAGAGCUGAAAAUCCUAAAGUCCAACGUGGUAUAGCAGAAGACACGUGGAAAUUAAACGUUUUUUUUGUCCCAAUUUUGCAUCUGCAACUCGGCUCGAACAUGAACCCAGAUGACAUCGAGGAGGGUGAUGAUGUAUACUUUGAAUGUAAAGUUCAUGCGAAUCCGGGUGCCUACAAAGUCGUGUGGAAACACAAUGGAAACGUGAUUCAGAAUAACGCGAAGAACGGCGUGAUAGUCCAGCAAUACGAUUUGGCUCUCAGAGAAGUAAAUCGGUCCCAGGCCGGAAAUUACACCUGCGUUGCUAGCAAUGUCGAAGGCGAUGGUUAUAGCAAUAUUGUGGAGCUUAAGAUCAUGUACAAACCGAUCUGUGUGCCGGAUCAAAAGCGAAUCUAUGGAGUAGCGAGGCACGAAGACGCUCGAGUGAUAUGCAGGGUUGAGGCGUAUCCACCACCAGAGAGUUUCCGUUGGACUUUUAACAAUACCGAAGAGAUGGAGGAUGUGCCGCAGGCUCGUUACAAGAACUCAACCAGACAUACCCAGAGUAUCCUCACAUACCGGCCGGUCACGGAAAUGGACUACGGCACCGUGCUGUGCUGGGCGAGCAACACGGCCGGCCAACAGAAGAAUGCCUGCAUAUUUCACAUUAUUCCUGCGGGCAAACCGGAAGCGCCAUACAACUGCACGCUGACCAACCAGACCACCGAAUCACUCUCGGUGGAAUGCACCGCUGGUUUCGACGGUGGUCAGCCUCAACAUUUCCUCCUUGAAGUGUUCGAUCAGCACACGGGGGCCCUGCAGGCUAACGUCACAUCCAGAGAGAAUGCGGCUUUCACCGUACAGGGUUUGGAGCCGGGCAAGGUACUGAAUAUGAUCCUGUACGCGGUUAACGCGAAGGGGAGAAGUGAACCGACGUUGCUGGAAGGUUUCACGCUUAAAGUCGCCGAAAAGCAGACUGGUACUCCGGUACCCUUCGAGUUCACCCCGUUACUCGGAAGUCUGAUCGGCGUGGUCGCCGCACUUCUACUCAUCACCGUCGCCAUUCUAGCAGCGUUGAAAAUGAGGAGCGAGAGGCGGGCUCAAAGACCAGGGGAUUUACCUUUAAAGAAGGCUACCGCACCGAGUUCGGAGGACCUUUACGACGCGGACGAUAGAAAUCCGGACGUUGUGCCGACCAACAAAGAUUCAGAUUAUCAGCUGACCGGCUCGACUUCCGGCACACCAUUGGCAACGCAAAACACACCGGAUGGCCUUCCACCAUCGUCCCUUCCGACCCAGCAGACGAAUAAUCAUCUACAAGGACUUCCUGCCUAUUCGCAUAACGAUUAUAAUAAUUAUCCCACCUUGCCGUUAUCCGGGGAGGUGACAUACGCCGAGCUGUGCCUAGCAAGACCCACCACUUUGUCGACCCUGACGACUGAUGCCAAGCUGGCCAGCCUCGGCGGCGGAGUUGGCGGUCUGGGUGGUCUUCAGGGUUACGGCAGCGGUCUCGGGGUAAUCGUGGGCGGCAAGCCGUACACGAAGGAAGCCACAGUCUAUGCCUGCAUCGACCACAACGCCAGGCCACCCAAACUGGACGUCCCUAACGUGCCGUCAUGCGCGACUACCCCUAUAACGACGGCGAACGUACUCCAGGAUUCCACCGUCGCCACCGUCAUGAGCAGCAAGCAGCACCACCCAGCGAGAGAGGUCGUCACCGUCCGUACGCCCCUGAUCUCAACCCAGGAAAGCUGCGUAUAGGGACGCGACUCUGACGCGCUCAACGUCAACGAGUACUACGUCUGAUAUGGCCGCCGACUCGUGGCGAUCGUGUGCGUCUUCAUGGUGCGCGACUACCUUUCGAUUCCUGGACUCGCGGUGCUUUCCCCGGUAACGUUCACGAAUUCUCGAGAAAAGGUAUACCUAAUAUGAAUUAUGAAUUUCGUCCGAACGCGAGAUGUUCGCACGCUCACAUCGCGAGCGACGUGACCGCUCGUUUUCAGACGUAUGGACUUUCGCCCAACCGACGACCGCUAUGUCUGCGGUGCUCGUAUCUGAAAACAA